UUCACACCACAGCCAAGACCCCUGAAGCUCCAAGGUCGAAGAAGCUAAGGAAUCAACUUAUUCUGUGAUCCAAGAUGACAUCUCGAUCUCUGAUUUUCGGAUUUCUUCUCGCCACCUUCUUCCUCGCUGGGCUUUCUCACUCUGAGGCAAUUGAGGGAGACUCCAUUAAAGCUUCCAUGAUAUCCCAGGAAAUUAGCACAACCAGCCUUGGCAAUCGUAAACUGCUAACUACCACACCCUCACUCUCACCAGAACAAGGUGUGGAAGAAGUUGUUGCAGAAGAAGGAGGGGAAAAGGUGAAGUGUUCGAGGGAAGACAUAGAUAUAUAUGAAGGGCAAACGGAUCCUCUACCGAACGGAAUCCCAACCUACUCAGUGAACAUAGUGAACGUCUGCAGCACAGGUUGCUCCAUCUCCAACAUUCACCUCAGCUGUGGAUGGUUCAGCUCUGCUCGUCUUAUCAACCCCAAGGUAUUCCGCCGCCUCUCUCACGACGACUGCCUCGUCAACAAUGGCGGACCCUUGGCUCACGGUCAAAGCAUCUCCUUCGUCUAUGCCAAUACCUUCCGUUACCCUCUUGCCGUCUCUUCCCUCACCUGUUGAUCCUGACCUGAUAUUAUCAUCACCUUCUGAAGAUUAAGAAGGAGACAAAGAUGAAGCUAUCAUCUAAAUUUUGCACUGAGAAAGCAGUUCUGAGCCUGUAGCUGUGUGGGUUUGGAUUUUUUUUUUUUUUUUUUUUUUUUGAGCUUGCUUUACCUUUUUGUUAUCAAAAUUUGGAAAAUUAGA